AUGAUAAAUAAUUCUUCAUCUUUUCAAGAUGCUGUUGCACGUGCUAAACAAAUAGCACAAAAAUUAAGUGCAUCAGCACCAAACGUAUCUGGAAAUACAUCAUUAAAACGACCAAAUAGUGAAGAUGAUUCUUUUAAUAAACGUCCAGCAAUAACUUCUCCAACACAAUCGUCUGAUAUACCUACACCAGUUUUACGAGCACAGCUUGUUGCACAACAAAUUAAUUCUCAAUUAGGUGUUAAAUCAUCAUCUACUGAUUCAUCAUUAUUACCAUUAUCAAAUCAAAAUACAUUUCAAGAAGAUUAUAAAAUUCCAGAUAAAUUUGUUGGUUUAAUUAUUGGUAAAGGUGGAGAACAAAUAAUACGACUUCAAGCUGAAAGUGGUUGUAAAGUUCAAAUAUGUCAAACACGACCUGAACCUGUACCUGGUGGUCCAAAUCCACCUGAUCGUUUAGCAAAUUUAUGUGGAUCAAGAGAAGCUAUUGAUCGUGCUAGACGUGUUAUGGAUGAUAUAAUUGCAAAAGGUAAAAUGGCUGAAGGUGGUCCACUUGGUAUUAAUCCAUAUUCUAUGGGUGGAACAAAUAUAAAAUCUAUUGAUGUUAUGUUACCAACAGCUAAAUGUGGAUUAGUUAUUGGUAAAGGUGGAGAAAAUAUUAAGCGAGUAUGCGAAGAAUUUGGUGUUAAGAUGUAUGUUGCUCAAGAAACAUCUGAGAUUGAUGGAAUUGAACAUAAACCAUUAAAAAUGACAGGAGAAGCUGAUAAAGUUGAACGUGCUAAACAAUAUAUACUUGACUCAUUAGCAAAAUCAGGUGGUAUACCAUUACCAAAUCGUUCGAGUACAAAUUCAACGAAUUCAACUUUUACUGAUUAUGGUUCACGAGCUGGUAGUGCACCAAUGAGUGGUCCAUGUAAUGAAGCAACUUAUCAUGCACCUCAUGAAAAAGCAGGAAUUAUAAUUGGCAAAGGUGGUGAAAGUAUUAAAGAAAUUAAUCGAAAAUCAGGUGCUUUUGUUGAACUUGAUAAAGCAUAUGUACCUGCAAUUGGAAAUUCUUCGGAUAGAGUAUUUAAAUUACGUGGUACACCUGAUCAAAUCGUUGUAGCACAACAAUUAAUGUAUGAUAAAAUUAUUAAUAGUCCUGGUGGUCCUGGUGAUACGUUAACACCAGCACAAUUUCAACAACAAUUUAAUUUACCAUUGGCUGGAUCAAAUCUAACUGAUUCAUGGAGUGGAAAUAAUGAUCCAUAUGGACAUGAUACUAAUGGAGCAGCUGCUGCACUUGAUCCUUAUAGUCAAUGGGCUAGUGCUUAUGGACAAUGGCCUACAAUGAAUCCUUAUGAUACUAAUGCAACGAACAAUAAUUCAUCGGCAGCUACAGAUGCUUCUGCAAUGUCACAAAUGGAUCCAGCUUGGUUAGCUUAUUAUCAAUCAAUGAGUUAUUAUAAUAUGAUGCAAGCAAGUAUGACAGGAGCAACUUCUUCUGGUACAUCAACACCUACAACAACAACUAAAGCAACAGAUUCCACAGCUACUAACAAUAAUACUUCUACUACACCUGCAAUAAAUCCAACUACUGGACAACCCGAUUAUAGUCAACAAUGGAUUGAAUAUUAUCGAUCCAUUGGACAAAAUGAUGUUGCUGAUCAAAUCAUGCAACAAAUGAAACAGCCUGGUUCGACGGCAACAUCCACAUCUGAUACAAGUACAACAAAUUCAUCGUCAACGGAUUCAACUGCUGCCGCACAAGCCGCCGCUGCUGCUGCUAUGAUGAUGUCAGCUGGUAAUCCAUGGGGAGCCUAUGCACAAUGGAAUAAUGGUACAAAUGGCGUUGGUUCAACAACGGCAAAUACUACUAAUGGUAGCAGUUCAACAACUGCACCUUCUUCUUAA